AUGAAUUCCGUACCGCCUUCGAUCCUUUAUCCGGUCCUCAAACCAGUCCACCUCACCAAGAUGCUAAAACCAGUCCCGCCCCUCAUCGCCCUCGAGGAACACUUCAUCGCGAAGGAGCUCCUCCCGGAGCUCUCAGACACCUACGCCGAACAGCUCAAACACCUCCCCGACCUCGCCUCCCGCCUCACGGACGUCGGCCCCCUCCGCCUCGCCGACAUGAACAAGAACAACAUCGCCGUCCAAGCCGUCUCCCACGCCCCCGGCCUCGCGGCCCUCCCGCCCGGGCUGAGCCACCGCGCCAACGAGGCCCUCGCCGAGGCCAUCAAGGCGCACCCGCGCCGCCUCGUGGGCCUCGCGGUGCUGCCCAUGAGCACGCCCGACAUCGCGGCGCAGAUGCUGCGGCGCAGCGUGCGCUGGCUGGGCUUCAGGGGCGCGCUGAUCGACGCGCACGCCGACGGCACGCACUACGACCACCCGCGGUUCUGGGGCGUGUUCAGGGUGGCCGAGGAGCUGGACGUGCCGGUGUACCUGCACCCGACGUGGCCGUCGCAGGUGCAGCGGCGGGCGUACGAGGGGAACUACGCGGAGGGCGCGGCGAGGAGCCUGGGCACGAGCGGGUUCGGGUGGCACUCGGAGACGGGGCUGGCCGUGCUGAAGCUCUUCGCCGCGGGGCUGUUCGACGAGGUCCCGAAGCUCAAGAUCGUGAUCGGGCACUUUGGGGAGAUGCUGCCGUUCAUGAUGGAGCGCGUGGGGAAGUUGUCGACGCGGUGGGGGGAGAGGAAGAGGCCUUGGGAGGAGGUGUGGAGGGAGAACAUCUGGGUCACGACGAGCGGGGUAUGGGGCCUCGCGCCGAUGGCUUGUUUGCUGAUGAACACGCCGAUCGAACACAUCAUGUACAGCGUGGACUACCCGUUUGAAAAGAGCGAGAACGGGCUGGCUUGGAUGAAGGACUUGAUAGACAGUAGGGUGGCCACGGUCGAGGAGGUUGAGAUGAUUGCGCAUAAGAAUGCUGAGAGGCUGUUGAAGGUCAAGGUUGCACGUUGA